AUGUCAUCAUCUAAUGACGAAAGCAUAAAAUUUUUUCACAGUUAUUUAGUAAGAGUGCCAGCCAGACCAUCUCUGUUUUCCUCUUGUGCAUGCGGCGUGUCGGAUGGAUGGGUGUUGCCCAUAGCUAGCCUCACACCCCAGCGUUCCCGAUCUCCUCCCCACUCCGUUCUCUUCCACGAAGUCAGGACAGGUCUACGCCCUGUGGAGGAUGGAUCCGCCUUUAUAGGUGGUGAACUAAGAUUCUGACGAUAUAUUUGAAUAUUAAUAAAAUUUUUUUUUAAACCAUUUUUGUCUGCCC